GAUGAAAAGCCGCAACACCUCGACCCUGGUCGAACACAGCGGGUUGGUUCGACUGGGAGGUCGUCGAAAAGCUUAUGUUAUGGUAGCUGAGUUUCCAUGGGAGAAGUAGGUGGGUGGGUGGAGUCCUGCCUCUGGAGCAACAACGGGAACGAGAAACAAUGCCGGAAACCGGGCCCAACGUCUGACAGAAUGGAAGGUAGGGUAGGGAAAGGCGCUGCGGGGUAGGUCAUUGUGCGCAGGACGGGACUGAUACCAGUGAUCAAACCAGGGUUCGUACGAUUCACACUGAAUAUGCAGAAACAGAAGGUGCCCUGAGUGUUGAUACUACGAACUGUUUAACUGCUAUGUAUCUCAUGUUACAAAUACUCAGGAUCAUCUUCAGUCGUAUUCAGAGCGAUACCCCAGAAAUGGAGCAGAAGGGGGGCAGCUGGAGGUUCGAAUGUUACAGGUAUUGCGAUAAGGUCAGUACAGCUAAGGUAAGUACCUUCCCCUUCACGACCACCAAGUCCCCCAAGUUCCAAGACAGGCCGAAACUGGGCCUUUGUUCCCGCCGGCUGCAAUCCAUCUACUUCGCAGAAUCUGUCAGUUCGGGACACUUAUGUGGCGUUGGGUCUCGAGACAAAUCCGGGACCAGCAACUGUAAGUUACGGCUGAGUAAAAAGGCUAUGGCUAGGACACAGCAGUGUAGGACUUCGGAUGAGCUCGAUACGACGGGCCUAUCAGCAGGCAAGACCUGGAAAUGCGCACGUUGUAAAGCUGAGCGAUGUGGCAUCUCGCCAUGGAAUUUUGACAUCCGCCUCACCCGGCGGCCGCCCAGAGUACAAGGACAGAGUGUGCACGAGAAAGGAUGAAGUCACCUCUGGGUAUCUCUUGAAAGGGCAGGUCGCAAGUCCGGACAACGACAAGGACAUGUUCCGUAUCCCGGGCUCCGAGCCAAACGGC